AGCACUUCCCCAGUCUCUAACCUUCCCAUGGCGAGUACUGCCGCUCUAUCAGCAGAACCUUUCUCUCCGCGUCAGGAAGGGCUUUUUUCCCCUCCUCUCUUUUUUUUCCCCCUUAAUCAGAAGCCCUGAAUGAAAGCCAAUCAGAGAGAGCUCGCCCCCGUGUUCUUCGGUUCCCUGCCGUCCAGAGUUGAAAGUGAUGCUGAGAGAAAGCUUGAGUUAGAUUGAAGUAGCAUCAGUGAUAGAAAAUAACAGCCGAAAACAAACAAAAAGGGGACAUAGUGACAAUUUCUCCAGGGUGAUUUUGGCUGGAACCAACUUCCGUUAUCCAGAAGCUGAUAAAAAAGGUAAAGUGUCAGUUCAACUAUUUUCCCCGUUUGUUUAUUGGGCUUUGUGCUUUUUGAUUUUUGGAUUUUGAGCAUUCUUUGUAUAUUCUAGAUCUUUUGGAAACAUGUCCAAAACGUUGAUGAGAUGUUGGAAGCCAGUUGAAACACAGUAAAAUUCAAUCCAAUAAAAUAAGACUGCUUUCUCUUCGUCCGCGUUGGAAAUUUUCAAGAGGUGAACUAUGACAAUAUAUCAAUUUUUGGUACUAUUUCUACUCUGGAUAUGCCUGCCACAUUUCUGUUCUCCAGAGAUAAUGUUCAGAAGGACUCCUGUGCCCCAGAAAAGAAUUUUAGGUGCACGAGUACCAAGGAGUGAUGGCAAAAUUCUGCAUCGUCAAAAACGUGGGUGGAUGUGGAAUCAAUUUUUCUUACUGGAGGAAUAUACAGGAUCUGAUUAUCAAUACGUGGGCAAGCUUCAUUCAGACCAAGAUAAAGGAGAUGGAUCACUCAAAUAUAUUUUAUCUGGAGAUGGCGCAGGUACUCUUUUUAUUAUUGAUGAAAAAACAGGUGACAUUCAUGCCACAAGAAGAAUUGAUAGGGAAGAAAAGGCCUUUUAUACUCUGCGUGCACAAGCUAUUAACAGAAGAACUUUGAGACCAGUGGAACCAGAGUCUGAGUUUGUGAUCAAAAUCCAUGAUAUCAAUGACAAUGAGCCAACGUUCCCAGAAGAAAUUUAUACAGCUAGUGUUCCAGAAAUGUCCGUUGUAGGUACUUCCGUGGUGCAAGUCACAGCUACAGAUGCCGAUGACCCUUCCUAUGGAAACAGUGCCAGAGUUAUUUACAGCAUACUUCAAGGGCAGCCAUAUUUCUCUGUGGAGCCUGAAACAGGUAUCAUCAGGACUGCUUUACCAAACAUGAACAGAGAAAACAGGGAGCAAUAUCAAGUGGUAAUCCAGGCCAAAGAUAUGGGCGGCCAGAUGGGAGGCUUAUCGGGGACCACCACGGUGAACAUCACACUGACAGAUGUAAAUGACAAUCCACCUCGCUUCCCCCAGAACACCAUCCACCUUCGAGUUCUCGAGUCUUCCCCAGUUGGCACAGCCAUUGGGAGCGUAAAAGCAACGGAUGCUGAUACGGGGAAAAAUGCAGAAGUAGAAUACCGAAUUAUCGAUGGUGAUGGGACUGAUAUGUUUGACAUCAUCACCGAGAAGGACACACAGGAAGGCAUCAUAACUGUGAAAAAGCCACUUGACUACGAGAGCCGAAGACUUUACACUCUGAAGGUUGAAGCAGAAAAUACCCAUGUGGAUCCACGUUUUUAUUACCUGGGACCAUUUAAAGAUACAGCAAUUGUAAAAAUCUCCGUAGAGGAUGUGGACGAAGCCCCGGUUUUUAGCAGACCCUCCUACCUGCUUGAAGUUCAUGAAGAUAUUGAAGUGGGGACGAUCAUCGGUACUGUAAUGGCAAGGGACCCAGAUUCUACUUCUAGCCCCAUUAGAUUUUCCUUGGAUCGCCAUACUGACCUUGACAGAAUCUUUAACAUACAUUCUGGAAAUGGAUCCCUUUAUACAUCAAAGCCACUUGACCGUGAACUAUCUCAAUGGCACAAUCUUACUGUUAUAGCUGCUGAAAUCAACAAUCCCAAAGAGAUGACGCGUGUGGCUGUUUUUGUGAGAAUUUUGGAUGUUAACGACAAUGCCCCACAAUUUGCUGUGUUCUAUGACACUUUUGUAUGUGAAAAUGCCAGACCAGGGCAGCUAAUACAGACUAUAAGUGCAGUAGACAAAGAUGACCCUUUAGGUGGACAGAAAUUUUUCUUCAGUUUAGCUGCUGUCAACCCAAACUUCACAGUACAGGAUAACGAAGAUAACACUGCCAGAAUUUUAACCAGAAAAAAUGGAUUCAAUAGACAUGAAAUAAGUACCUAUCUCUUGCCUGUGGUGAUAUCAGACAACGAUUACCCGAUUCAGAGCAGCACGGGCACGCUGACCAUCAGGGUGUGCGCCUGUGACAGCCAAGGCAACAUGCAGUCCUGCAGCGCCGAAGCCUUGCUGCUCCCUGCCGGCCUCAGCACGGGCGCCCUCGUGGCCAUUCUCCUCUGCAUCAUUAUUCUACUGGUUAUAGUAGUACUAUUUGCAGCCCUGAAAAGACAGCGAAAAAAGGAGCCUCUGAUCUUGUCUAAAGAAGAUAUCAGAGACAACAUUGUGAGCUAUAACGACGAAGGUGGUGGAGAGGAGGACACCCAGGCCUUUGAUAUCGGCACCCUGAGGAAUCCCGCAGCGAUUGAGGAGAAGAAGCUCCGGCGAGAUAUUAUUCCGGAAACUUUAUUUAUACCUCGGAGGACUCCCACAGCGCCAGAUAACACGGAUGUCCGGGAUUUCAUUAAUGAAAGGCUAAAAGAGCAUGAUCUCGACCCCACCGCACCUCCGUACGACUCCCUUGCAACCUAUGCGUACGAAGGAAACGAUUCCAUUGCAGAAUCUCUGAGCUCCCUAGAAUCAGGUACUACUGACGGAGACCAGAACUACGAUUACCUCCGAGAAUGGGGCCCUCGGUUUAAUAAGCUGGCGGAAAUGUACGGUGGCGGGGAAAGCGACAAAGACUCUUAACCUAGGAUAUAUAUUCUGUUCAAACAAGAGGAAGUAACUUGACGGACACCGUCUCCGCUUCACAAUAUUUGAUAUUCAGGAGAAUUUUCCUGCCACUCAGCACAAUUUUUUCCCAUUUCCUUUUUAAUUUGUCCAUUAAUUACAUUAAUUUUCUCCUGUAGGAUGUCUCAUGGAAUAUAUAUGAAAUUUUAUUUAAUCACUUCCAAGAGCCAAAGCUAUGGAAAUUCAGUGUUGUCCAUCUUAGAAAUAAAAGAUAAUUUCAGAAACAUGAACAGGAUAGUUCUCCGUUAAGCAACCUCACAAACAAGCCGCUUCUGUUAGAUACACGUCCUGCCCUUGCAAAUGAAGCUUUUAAAAAGGUGAAGAAAAAAUUUAAGGUAUAUCCUGUUCUGUACAUUAAGUUAAAAAGAAAAAAAAAACCGUACAUGUGGUGUUAGUAGGUGUGAUUUGCAACCUGGUAUACAAACGUUUGUGCAAUUUCAUUUCAUCAAAUUCUAUCUGCUAAUGUUUUAUAUUUAUAUUUUUGUAUUUAUUUUUAAAAAAAAAUAAACAAGU